CCGUCUUGGUCCUCCUACGCAUUCCGGUCCUUUCCAGUUAGUCGGUCGACCUUCUUUCUUGUCUGCUACGUCUGUUCGUGUGUGCCAAAAGAGGUCCUUUGCAAUAAUUAACCAUGGCGGACUUGACAAGUAUCCUGUUGGCUGUUGCCUCGUCUCCUGACCGAUCGGAAGAAAAACUACUCGAAGAAUAUAUGCAGUCGAACUACAGUGAGUUCUGUUUAGCUUUGGCCAAGCUGCUCGCUACGGAGGGCGCACCCUUUGCAGCACGUCAAAUGGCGGCACUUCAGCUCAAAAAUACGGUCCACGCCAAAUCUGCCGAGAUACUGCAGGAAAAGCACAAUCGCUGGAAGGCCACCGACGCCACACAUCGAGCCGCCGUCAAGGAGUGUCUCCUUGCAGCGAUGCGUUCCGGUGUACCAAAGGUGCCGCAUUUUGCCGCCGUCACUGCCGCGGAAUUCGCUUCCAUCGAACUGCCUUUUAACGAAUGGCCACAGUUCAUCGCAACGCUCAUGGAAAACGUCACUUCGCAUGCACCGGAGCCCAUCAAGAUUGCCUCGUUGGAAUGCCUCGGAUUCACCUGUGAAAGCAUUGUAAUUAUGGAGGAACUAAUGGGAGACAAUUUCGUUCCCGAAUUGGCCUCUUCCACCGUCGACACCAUGCUGACAACGAUUGUGAACGGAGUGCAAUCGAAUCAGACGGAUGCGAUGCGUCUCGUCGCUCUGACAGCAUUGAAAAACUCGCUCGGCUUUGUCCGUCACAACAUGGAACGCAAGCAAGAACGAGAUUUCAUUUUUCAAGCCAUGUGUGAAGCCACCAAGUCCAGCGAUGCACAGGUUCGGGCUCUCGCUUUUGCCUGUCUAGACCAUACCGCCGAACUAUACUACGACACCCUACCGGACUAUAUGACCGUCAUUUUUGAGCUCACCACCAACGCGAUUCGAUCAAACGACGAAGAGGAAACCGUUCAAAUGAAUGCCAUGGAAUUGUGGACCGCCAUCGCCAGCACAGAGCAGACUCUGGUGGACCAAGACCAGGAUGCGGCCGAGAGAGGGCAGCCCCUGGAUCGACCUCCGUGUCCCAAAUACACACUCGCUGCUAUGGAAGCGUUGGUUCCGCUAUUGCUAGUCAUGCUUGCCAAACAAGAAGACGCACCCGAGGACGACUCCUGGGGUUUGCAAGAGUCUGCCGGGGUGUGUUUAGAGACAAUCUCGCAAACUGUUGAAGGAUCAAUUGUUCCACACGUCAUUCCCUUUGUCACGCAACAUAUCCAGUCGGAAGAAUGGCGCUACCGCGAUGCGGCUAUCGUAGCUUUUUCCUCCAUCAUGGAUGGUCCCAGUACCGAGGAGCUGGCCAUAUACGUGAACCAGUCCAUUCCGGUUCUACUCCGUGCAUUUUCAGAUUCGAAUGAGAUGGUCCGCGACUCUGCCACACACUGCAUCUCCACCGUUUGUCGCCUCCACAUGAUUGCUGUCGACCGAGAUAUAGUGCAUUCCAUUAUCAAAGGUCUAAUCGAGAAGCUACGUGACUCUCCUCGUGUUGCUGCCAAAGCGUGCACGGCCCUCUUCAAUAUUGCCACAUCCUUCAAAAGCCCCGAACCCGAGCCGACGUCACUUUUGUCGGAACCCAUGUUACCCCUUUUGCAAGCAUUGUUACAAACCAGCGAGCGCCAAGAUGCCACGGAAUGCCAUUUGCGUGUCGGUGCUAUAUCGGCAGCCAAUGACCUCGUCGCAGCCGCACCCUCGGACACCACACCCAUCCUCGCCGAAUUCCUGCCGGUUAUCAUCGCACGGUACGAAGCGACAAUGCACGCACAAGUAUUAGGCAACGAAGAAAAGGAAGAGAAGGAACAAGCCCUGGGCUUGUUUAGUUCGCUUAUUUCAGUCCUGUUUCAACGGCUCGAAAAACAUGACGUGCUUGCGUAUGUGGACAAGGUCAUGGAAUUGUUGCUCCAGGGAUUGCAAUUGCGGAACGCCUCGUGUCACGAAGAAUUUUGGCUGGCGAUUGGAUCAAUUGCCGGGACGAUGGAGGGCGAAUUUAUUAAAUACAUGCAAGCGCUGAGCCCAGCCCUACUGACGAGUUUGCGCGACUUCCACGCCAAGACUCUCUGUAUUGUAUCUAUAGGAGUUGUCGUCGAUAUUUGCUCCGCGAUUGGUGAUAAAAUUCAACCGUAUUGCGACGGUAUUAUGAGCGCGUUAGUGGACUGUUUGAAAGAUUCCGUCAUUCAACGAGAUGUUAAACCUGUGGUAUUUUCCUGUUUUGGCGACAUUGCCAUGUCAGUGGGCGGUGCAUUCCAACCAUACCUUCAAGUAUCGACGAUGCUUCUAUUCCAAGCCUCACAACAGCAAGCACCACCGGAUGACGAAGACUUAAUCCUUUUUGUAAAUUCGCUUCGGCUAGGCAUUCUGGAAGCCUAUUCGGGUAUCAUCAUGGGUCUCGCUGACGGCAACGCCCUCCAAAGUUUUACACCCAGUGUGCCCAACAUUGUACAAUUCGUGCAAGUCUUAGCGGCCGAUUCGACCAAAGAUAUCUAUGUGUUGGAAAAGUCGGUGGCUCUUUUGGGCGAUGUGGCGCAACAAAUGGGUAGCAUUCCUCAAAUUCGGGAACAAUUAAACCAACAUUUCGUUUCAAAGCUGUUGCAAGAAGCUCUCAACUCCAAUGAUGAAACCACCGUCGACUCGGCUAACUGGGCGGGAAACUUGAUCAAGCAACUCAUUCGAGGCAACGCUUAGUACACACACGGUUGUGGAAACUAGGGCGUCCUUUUGGACCACGCCGGUCGCCAUGGGACGAGAUAUGAUUUCGUUCCGUGGCCACCGAUGAAAUAGUGAAACAUGACAAAAUGGACAAGAUGGAGUGUACUUAUUUUGACACCCUGUUUUCUCCUCUUUUUCGAAAUGAGCUAUCGAAAAUCGUAUAUAAAUGGAAUCGCAUUAGAAAAUUUUUAACGAAUUGACUGUGAUUAUUACC